AUGGCCAGCGGAAUUCUUCAAGUAAAAGAUAAUACCGUCGUCGAUGGCAAUGGAAAGCAAGUGGUCUUGCGCGGAGCCGCGAUCGGAGGAUGGAUGAAUAUGGAGAACUUCAUCACCGGAUUCCCCGGUCAUGAAUCCCAGCACCGAGCGGCUAUGCUUCGAGUCCUUGGGACUGAGAAAUACGAAUUCUUCUUCGACAAGUGGCUGGAGAAUUUCUUCACCGAUGCUGACGCCAAGUUCUUCGCGAGUCUGGGUCUCAAUUGUCUCCGUGUUCCGUUUAACUAUCGCCACUUUGAAGAUGAUAUGGCGCCGCGGGUUAUCAAAUCUUCUGGUUUCAAGCAUCUUGAUCGUGUGAUUGAUUUGUGCGCUGCAAAUGGUAUUUACACUAUCCUGGAUAUGCAUACCGUUCCCGGUGGCCAGAACCCGGACUGGCAUUCGGAUAACCCGACGAACUAUGCGGCCUUUUGGGAUUAUAAGGAUCAUCAGGACCGGACUGUGUGGCUUUGGCAGCAGAUUGCUGCUCGGUAUAAGGAUAACCCUUGGGUCGCUGGGUAUAAUCCUCUUAACGAGCCGUGUGAUCCUCAGCAUGUGCGACUUCCUGCGUUCUAUGAGCGAAUUGAGAAGGAACUUCGCGAGGUUGAUCCUCAUCAUAUACUGUGGUUGGAUGGGAAUACCUUUGCUAUGGAGUGGAGGGGAUUCGAUAAGGUGCUGCCGAAUUGCGUUUAUGCUAUGCAUGAUUACUCGACAAUGGGCUUCCCCACCGGCGAUGCCUACAAAGCUACAGAAGAGCAAAAGCAAACUCUUGAGCGACAAUACCUCCGCAAAGCAGAAUUCAUGCUCCAAAACAAGACUCCCAUCUGGAACGGCGAAUUCGGUCCCGUUUACGCAGACCCAGCCCUUGAUGCUGAUGCGGCAACAAUCAACCAAGACCGAUACAACCUACUCGGCGAGCAACUACGCAUCUACGACAAGUACAACAUCAGCUGGUCAAUCUGGCUCUACAAAGACAUCGGUCUACAGGGUAUGCUCUACACUAACCCGGAGAGCAAAUGGAACAAGACCAUCCAGCCAUUCCUGGAGAAGAAGCGCCUAUUCUGGCUGGACAAGUGGGGCCAGCGACCUGCGUCGGACCCUGAAGCUGCACUGCGACCUUUGGUGGACUGGAUUGAUAGUGUUAGUCCGACGGCAAAGUAUACGUAUCCUACUCACUGGAACACGGAGAUGCAUGUGAUGCGAAGUGUGUUCAACACGUUUUUGGCGCCGUCUUUUUCGGAUGAAUUUGCGGCGUUGUUCCAGGGGAUGGAGGAGAAGGAGCUGGAGGAGCUUGCGAAGAGUUUCCAUUUUGAUGAGUGUGUGCAGCGGGAUGGGUUGAAUCAGAUUCUGAAGGAUCAUGCUCGCACAUCAAAGUGA